GGCUGCUUGACAGACAGACAGACAGACAAGACGAGACAGAACUGGGGCCACUUUUCGGAGGUGGAAUAUUUCGCAUGAGGCGAGCCGGGUCUCUUCUGUACAGCGGAGCGCGCGCAGCCCUGGUGUUUUUCCAAUGGAUGUCAGUGCAGUCGAGCUGCCUUGGGAAUUAAACCGCUCUUAAGUCGCUUCUAAAUCCCUUCCGUUUAUUUAUUUAUUCACGUUUUUUUUUGGAGGGGGGUGGGGGGUCGUUCCAGCGACCGUUUCAUACGGAAAGAAAGACGAUGAUCCUCGCUACUCUCUAUACCGUUCUCCCUCUGUUAGAUGUGUUAUCCUAUGCUGAGGACAAUGUGCUCGCCGGGUCCAGCCGGCUGGACUGCGUGAAAGCCAGCGAGCAGUGUUUGAAGGAGCAGGGGUGCAGCAGCAAGUACCGCACCAUGAGGCAGUGCGCGGCGGGGGGGAAGGAGAGCAACUUCAGCAUGGUGGCCGGCAUGGAGGCCAAGGACGAAUGCCGAAGUGCCAUGGACGCGCUGAAACAGAGCCCCCUGUACAACUGCCGGUGUAAAAGGGGCAUGAAGAAAGAGAAGAACUGUCUGCGCAUUUACUGGGGGAUCUAUCAGACGUUGCAAGGUAAUGAUUUCUUGGAGGACUCUCCAUAUGAGCCUGUGAACAGUCGUCUUUCUGACAUAUUCCGCCUGGCUCCCAUCAUAGCAUUGGCCCAUAUCCCCAAAGGGAACAACUGUUUGAAUGCUGCCAAGGCCUGCAACCUGAACGACACCUGUAAGAAGUACCGCUCGGCCUACAUCAGCCCGUGCACCAGCCGCGUCUCCACCGCCGAAGUCUGCAACAAGAGGAAGUGCCAUAAGGCCCUCCGACAGUUCUUUGAUAAGGUCCCUCCCAAGCAUAGCUAUGGAAUGCUAUUCUGCUCAUGCCCACCCAGCGAUCAGUCAGCGUGCUCAGAGCGCAGACGCCAGACCAUCGUCCCAGUCUGCUCCUACGAGGAGAAACAGAAGCCCAACUGCCUGGAACUGCAGGCGUCCUGCAAGACCAACUACAUCUGCAGGUCACGUCUGGCUGACUUUUUUGCCAACUGCCAGCCAGAGCCUCGCUCCCUGUCAGGCUGUCUGAAGGAGAACUACGCAGACUGCCUGCUUGCAUACUCUGGUCUGAUUGGCACGGUGAUGACUCCCAACUAUCUGCGUUCUCCUAAGAUCAGCGUCUCUCCCUACUGUGACUGCAGCAGCAGUGGCAACAACAAGGACGACUGUGACAAGUUUACCGAGUUCUUUACCGACAACACUUGCCUCCGUAAUGCCAUCCAGGCCUUUGGGAAUGGCACAGAUGUAGGGGUGUGGCAGCCCAUACCCCCAGUCCAGACCACUACCUCCACCACCACCCCUUACCAGAAGAACCGUGAUCGCAACACCAUAGACAACCACAUCAACACUGACCCAGGCAUCUAUCAUUUCUGUGGCAGCCUACAGGCUCAGAAACUGAAGUCAAACUCCACUGUUGACGGCCUCAUCUGUGUGGACCCUCAGAUAGAUGGUCCAGGUACGUCCAAUGCCAUCCCUAGAAACUCUGCCGUUCCCAGACGGCAUCCACAUGGCCUGCUCUCUCUGCUGCCCCCGCUGCUUUGGCUCGGGUACUGCAACCUGCCAGCGUUCUCGGCAGCCACCUUGUAGCCUCUUCAAAGCAACAAACAACAAUGGACUGACAAAUGUUAUUUGUAUAAAAGAAAAAGCUCAACUAGAAAUUAUAUCCUGUGUUCCCAGUAAGACCUGUUGUAUUUUAUUUCCUCUAGGAAUCUAUUUCUCUCUACUGGUUCCU